AUGCCCCAAUUCAUGCCUCGUGAGUGUGCAGAGUCAAAAGCCAUCGAAGCGAUUCCUAUGCCUACACGAUGGAUCGCUGCCAUUGACGCUACGCCUGGUCGCGAGAUGACUCUGGGCAGUCGCAAAUGGUGGGACGACCAUGGCCCUUGGCUUGAUGCUCAUAAGAAGGCCCUUAAGCUCUCUGCUGCAAAGUGGAAGAUGAGAGACGAGGCUAUGAAGCAAGAUGAUACUGUGCCUGAUGACGAAGGCGCUGAUGAUUGGGACUUCAUCUGCAUGCCCAUUCCUCGGAUUGAACGACGUGGCGGCGAUGAUGAUGAUGAGGAUGAGGACGAGGAGGAAGAUGAGGAGGAGGAAGAAGAAGAAGAAGAAGAAGGACGAGGCGAGACUGGAAACGAUGCUGAGAAAGACGGGGAGAAGAAGCCCUACGACAAGCUUGCAUCACUUCACCCAGAGUGGCCUUGGUUUUUCACCAUGCGCGGUGUUGAUCGUCAUACGUGGUGGGAGCAAGAAUGUCUCAAGCGCAGCCCGGAUGACUUUGACUUGUACAUCUACAACGACUUUGGUGGCUACGGUGCAAUGGAGGUAUUGGAGAACAUCAUUGCCCAGUUCAACCUUGUCUUCAAGCCAAAGUCCACCUAUCGCGAUUUCUGGCCUGAAGUUGAAGGAUUUGCCAUGAUUCUUCGUGGCAGUUUGCUCGAAUACGUCAUGAUCGAUGAUGGUGAAAGAGUGCAGGUGACUUGCGAGGUUGUUGGCGCCCUCAUCCUCGCUACCAUCGAGGCCCUGAAGAAGCAAGAUGUCUUCAAGCCCGACUCAGAGAUCCGCAACCUUGGCCUUGUUCUUUUCAUGUUUAUCCGAUGGGGUCGCGAGCAGUCGGAUUACGGCGUCGAGGAAGAGAACUGGUCUCGGAUCUACAAGAUCAUUGAUCUUGCCGAGGAAGCCGGUAUCAAACUUACCGCACCGCAUAACUUUGAGAAGGAUUAUUUUGAAAUCAAAGAUCACCGAGAGGAAUGGGCUCAGAGGAUGGGCAAGUGGAACAACCUCAGAGACUUCAAGGACAAUAAGGGGUCUACCAAGCUCGGGGGACACGAGUUUGAUAUCACCAGAAUGAGCAAGGCUCAGAGACAACAACAUUCACUCAGUGGCGGAGGUGACAACUUUCUGAUGUGA